AUGUCCAAAGCCAAAACCGCCCGGCCACGCGAUAAAGCAUCCCCUGGCGCCGGCCAGAACAACGCCUACGGCUCAGACUUUGUUCGCAAACGGCAGAGUAGUUCUAACUCGCCUCGACUCGACUUCGAAACGACCUUCGAUGACCCCAGAACGACGACGACAAUAAUGACACGCAGGACCCGAUUUGUCUUGUUAUCUGCGCUCGUAAUUUUUAUUCUCUUCGUGGUUGUUCCGCAUCUUCGACGGGGAUCGACAGGGACGACGACGUGGAACAAUGCCGGUGGUUUCGAGAACAAGGAUGAGCUGAGCGGUGCUGCUGGAACGCUGCAGGACGACGAACGCGGGAUACGAAUAACAAAUACGAAUAAUAGCCCUAAUGUGACGAGUGACGGGCUUUGUACCGAAGAGAGUUGUUUCAGGGGCGCUUGGAAGCCAAGGCGCCCCCCUUUGGCGAAGAUUGACGAGGUGGAGCCUUGGAAGGGGUGUCCAAGCUCGCUUCGAGGGGCUACGAAGGAAGAGGAGAGGAAGGCUAGCGAGAGGCGGCUGCUGGAUGUGUUGAAUUGGGUGUGGGUUCCGGACGAGGGCACACUGGCCGACUGGGACCCAGAGGCGUUCGUCGUUCGACUCUUGAAGAGUCCCGGAGGAUUGGUUUCUGUCGGAGACGAUAUCUCGAAGCGCCACUUCGAAGCUCUGAUCGUUUUAUUAAAACGAAGCGUUGCGCUGGAGCUGUUCACCUCAGACCAGCAAUCCUUCCGGCGCAAGCAUGUCACACAAUACAUCCUCGCACCCAAUGACCCCGGCACUCAGCGCAUCUACGAGCGUGCAGGGGUCCCAGAUUCACGAAUAAAUCGACCUAUUCUGACGAUGAUUGAAGACAGUCUGCUGGUCAGUGACACAGAUCUCUUGACCAUUGUGCAACGACUUGGUGGGGUCAAUGGGAACCAGCGUUGGUCGCCCAGAUUGCCCAGGGUUGACCGCUGGCCUGUCCUAGUCGAGGAUUUAGCUGCUCCGGUGGACGACGAACGGGAAUCAGUUACAGCUGACACGAUCCUCCUACUCAACACGGGUAUCCACUGGUCGCGUGAACACCUCACCCUCCUCAAACCCCGCGCCAACCCCCUCGCGGAACAAAACUACCUCACCGAAGCCUACCGCCAAAUGCUGCGUACCGUCAGCGAAAGCCUCAAACCCAUAUCCAACCUCUCCAUCUACUACCGCGCCACCACACCUGGCCAUCCCAGAUGCCACACCCGCACCUCACCCUACAAGUCGGCCAAGCUCGCAGAAACGAUGGAGAAGAAUGUGGUGGGGAGGUUGUUGCAGGGGGUGCUUGACGAAGGGGAGAGGCAGAAGAGGAGGAAGUGGGAUUGGGAUUUGUUUGUGGUUCAUAAUGAUUUGUGGAGGAGGGCGAUUGUGAGGUUGGAGCAGGAGAGGAAGCAGAUGGAGGAGAAGCCGUAUCCGUUUACGAAGUAUUAUGCCAAGUGGAGGUAUUUGGAUGUGUGGAGUCAGGCGUUGCAGAGGCCUGAUGCCCAUUAUGACCCGACGCAAGAUUGUCUGAGUUGGUGCUCGCCGGUCUUGUUCGACCAGUGGACACGACAUCUGCAGCACGUACUGAAUCUAGAGAAACCUGAAUUUGCUUCAAAAAAGGACAUGCCAUCUGAAGAGGACGAUAUAGUCUGA